CCUCACAGAGUGCGAAGAAAGGAAAUUUGUCAAAGCAAAACCAGCCAAGCCUCGCACGUUGAUUUGGAAAACAGCAGAAACGAAAACACCCAAAACACUUUCAUUCUAAAUCUCUCCAUCUUUGGCUUUUUUUGUGUUUUCUGGAAGAAAAAAGCAGUUUUUUUAAAGCUAGAUGGGUCUGUCUUAUUUUCUUGCAUUUUCUCUCUGUUUCCUCCUUGUCUUUCCUGAUCCCUCCAUUUCUGUGAAGAUUCCCAGUUGGCUCAAUGACAAAGCAAGGGAAGGGUCGAUUCUUAGAUUGCAGAGGAAGGCGCAAUUUGAUCCUGCACAUGUUACUCAGCUUUCAUGGUCUCCAAGGGCUUUUAUAUACAAAGGGUUUUUGACGCCUGAAGAGUGUGAUCAUCUUAUUGAUCUGGCAAAGGAUAAGCUUGAGAAGUCAAUGGUUGCAGAUAAUGAGUCUGGUAAGAGCAUAGAGAGCGAAGUUCGAACAAGUUCUGGCAUGUUUCUUAACAAACGUCAGGAUGAAGUUGUUGCUGAUAUUGAGGACAGAAUUGCCCUGUGGACUUUUCUUCCACAUGAAAAUGGGGAAUCCAUUCAAAUACUGCACUAUGAGAAUGGCCAAAAGUAUGAACCACAUUUUGACUAUUUUCAUGACAAGGUUAAUCAAGAGCUGGGUGGCCACCGAAUUGCCACGGUGUUGAUGUAUUUGUCUAAUGUUGAGAAGGGUGGAGAAACUGUCUUUCCCGAUGCAGAGGGAAAAUUGUCUCAGCCGAAGGAUGAUAGCUGGUCUGAUUGUGCCAAACAAGGCUAUGCAGUGAAACCAAGGAAAGGUGAUGCCUUGUUGUUCUUCAGUCUUCGUCCGGAUGCAACUACAGAUACAAGCAGCUUGCAUGGAAGUUGCCCAGUCAUAGAGGGUGAGAAGUGGUCAGCAACCAAGUGGAUCCAUGUCAGGUCCUUUGACAAACCAGAGAAGGUGCCAAUUGGCUGCACUGACGAGGAUAAGAACUGCCCUAGGUGGGCAAAGGCAGGUGAGUGUACAAAGAACCCCGAUUAUAUGGUGGGUACAGAAAGCUCUCCUGGAUACUGUCGGAAGAGUUGCAAUGCAUGCAAAUCAUCAACAGCAUCCUCAUAGGAAGCCCUCUCUCCAGUUUUGGCUCCUGUCCUCUUUACACUUCAGGGAUAGGCUAAUCUCAUCAUAGUUGUUGGUAUAUAGUAUUGAAUCGUGAGAAUUAAGAUACUAUAAUAAAACACUUUAUAGCUCAUCGACCUUAUGAUACAAAGUGUCACAACAAGCAUAAGUUUGCAAUUACAAAUGAUUAUUGCAAAUUCACUUUCUUAUGAAAAACCAAUAUUGCUUCA